AUGGCUUGCCCCAUCACCGUCUCCAAGUUUGUCGGGACCGUGUCGCUUGGUCUGCUGACCGGUCUCUCCUACUCAACUUCCUCCAUCACCAUCCCCGCCCUCAAGCUUCUCCCAACCUCUUCCACUGCUUCCCGCUGUCUCAAUGAAGUCAAGCGACUCAAUCGCAAACAUACUCUCGACUUAUCCGGCCUGACCAACACAUGUAUCUAUUUCGCGUACUUCGUUUCUCCUCCGCACCGUCAACAUCCCUACAUGCUCUGGAUGUCCGUCCUCAACACGGUCAGCUCGUACGGCUUGGACUUUUACUUCAACCGCCACCUUGGUCUGAAGAACUGGGCCAUCGAGGUGCUUUAUGACACAACGGGACUAUCUCUAGGGAAAGUAUCCAACAAGAGGGAAGAGGAUAUCGUCCUUGUUGAGUCCGAGGAGGAUGUGAAUGGUGAAAGCGUUCAGCGUGAGAUGGACCGGGAGCGUCGGAUGCACCUCGUUCGGACUUGGGUUUUUGGUACUGCUUUUGCAGUGGGAAUCGUCGGUCUAUGGGGAGAUAAGAAGUGA